UCCUGCUGCCAGCCCAGCACCAUGGAGCUGCCCCCCAGGAGCCCCAAUGGCAGCGAGAAGUGUCCCCGGGGCGCGGAGCUGGCGGCCAGCAGCACGGGCAGCACGCUGUGCGCGAGCUCCUCCCGCAGCGAGUCCGUGUGGACCGGCGCCCCCAGGAGCAGGUGGGACAUUUACCACAAACCCCUCAUCGUGGUGGCCGUGGGAGCUGCCAUCUUCCUCUUCGGGGUGGUCAUCACCAGCCUGGCCUGCUUCCUCAGCAAGCACAAGAAGGUUUACAAGAUGUCUGGCCCGGCUUUCCUGUCCCUGGGACUGAUGCUCCUGGUGUGCGGCCUGGUCUGGAUCCCCAUCAUCCGCAAGAAGCAGAAGCAGAGGCAGAAGUCCCAGUUCCUGCAGAGCCUCAAGUCCUUCUUCUUCAACCGCUGAGGGCAGCCAGGAGCUCCUCCAGAAGGUUCCCUGCCCUCCUCCAGCCCCUGUUGAUCAGCCUUGAGAACAAACACUUCCUUGUACUCCCUAGAGGAUUUCCCCCCCGUCAGCGGCUUCCCUCAGGUGUGAAAAUGAACUUUGUGCUUCAUCCCAGUCAUCCCAGGGAAACAGGAGCAGGAAUUUCCAGCUGAGCCCAGCAAGGCAGGUCCGAGGUCUCUGCACCACCCCCCUGUCCAAAGAGUGACCCCAGAGCACAAAGUGGGUAAAGCACAGCCCCAGAGCAGCCCGGGCUGAAACAAAACCCCAAAGGAACCCAGAUCCCCCAGGAGGCCCUGCAGGAUCCACCAGCAGAGAGGAGCCACAAUUCCUUCCAGCUCCCUGUUUGCCAGAGGGGCUGGAGGGUCUGGGCAGCAGCAGGAGACAGAGCAGAAGUAGAGGGACACAGACCCUGCAGAGGGGCACAGACCCUACAGAGGGGCACAGACCCUGCAGAGGGGCACAGAUCCUACAGAGAGACACAGACCCUGCAGAGGGACACAGACCCUACAGAGGGGCACAGACCCUGCAGAGAGACACAGACCCUGCAGAGGGGCACAGACCCUGCAGAGGGUCCCAGAUCCUACAGAGGGGCACAGACCCUGCAGAGGGACACAGACCCUGCAGAGGGACAUAGAUCCUACAGAGGGUCCCAGACCCUGCAGAGGGACACAGACCCUGCAGAGGGGCACAGACCCUGCAGAGAGACACAGACCCUGCAGAGGAUCCCAGACCCUGCAGAGGGUCCCAGAUCCUACAGAGGAGCACAGAUCUUGCAGAGGGGCACAGAUCCUACAGAGGGGCACAGAUCCUACAGAGGGACACAGAUCCUACAG